AGAGAGAGAAAGGCGGCCAGCCAGCCACAUGGGGGCGUUUUCGGAGUGACGUAGGAGAGAGCGAGAGGCUAUAAAGUUAAAGGCACGCUGUUAUUUUAUCAAUGAAAUAGUAAAAAAGACAGCGAGGUUCUGGAAGACAGGAUAGUGUUUAUUUUCCCUCCGUUUUUAUUUGUGUUGAAAAGAGGACCAAGUCCUAGGCAAAACCGGCAGCAUGAAAUACAUUGUAGGCAUCGGCGGUGUGACCAAUGGUGGGAAAACCACGGUGACGAAAAGACUUGUCAAAACAUUGCCCAACUGUUCCGUGGUGCAUCAAGACAGCUUUUUCAAGCCUCCAGAUCAGAUAGAAGUUGGUGAGGACGGCUUUAAACAAUGGGAUGUGAUCACAUCCCUUGACAUGGAAGCCAUGAUGAACACUAUCCGUGCAUGGAUGGAAAACCCAGUCAAGUUUGCCCGUUCUCAUGGAGUUAAUGUAUUGCCAACAGCAGAGGAGCCUGAUUCAGAGAAUGAGGUCCACAUACUGAUAGUGGAAGGCUUUCUGCUGUACAACUACAGGCCCUUGUUAGAGGUGUAUGACAAAUGUUUUUACAUUUCCAUUCCAUAUGAAGAGUGCAAAAUGAGGAGAAGUACAAGGCAAUACACUGUUCCCGACCCCCCUGGUCUGUUUGAUGGGCACGUCUGGCCCAUGUACCUCAAACACAGGAGAGAGAUGGAGGAAAAUUGCAUGAAUGUUGAAUAUCUUGAUGGCUUGAAAUCAAGAGAGGAGCUGUACAACCAGGUGUAUGAAAACAUCCAGAACACGUUGUUCAAUCACUUAUAGGUGAACCAUUUAUACGCAGGGCCUGUGGAUUGCUGAAGACCUGUGUACAGAUAAUUGUAAAUAACUGAGGAAGUUAGGAUAGUAUUAAUAACUUUCUUUUUUUUAAGUUUAAUUAUAAAUGGCAAAUACACAUUUUAAGUCUUGAUGUAAAUAGUUGGUAGAAACAAUAACUUGUAUUAAACUGCCCUUGAUUGUGGCAGGAUUUAUUUUUGGUAUUUUGUAUUGAUGAAUCUGAGGAUUGAAAGCGGCAAGAAUAUAAACUUUUUUUAAAACAAUUUAACUUCAGCAGUGAGAGUUUCCAAAAAGUGUGCCAAGUUAACAACGCACAAUUAUUUAAGUGUUCAGUGUUUUAGUAACUUGCAAUUUUAUCAUGUAUCUUUUUUUAUUUUAUUUUUUUUAAAGUGCUUGUGGUUUGUAUUUGUUUUUUGUUUAAUUUAUUUUAAAUGUCAACUAUCUCUAUAUCAUUGGGUUUGUCACUCUA